UGGCUGCAACUCCCCCGUGCACCGAGUGUACAACCCCGCCCCAGGCUGGCUGGAGGUGGUAGAGGGUGCUGGGACAGAGUGCCCAAGGCCAACAAAGGGCCCUUUCUCUGCUGGCCGGGAAGAGACUGGCCCUUGUUAGGUGGAGGAUGGGGUGUUGUCUGGCUGCUACUGUCCCCACCCCCGUCUCCAUAUCACCCGCAUGGAGGAGAGACCCGGCCCCACUCUGCUCCACAGAGAGAAAGGCGUGACAAGGCCCCCUCCAUCGGUCAACCCUGGUCCCCAUCUGGCUUCGUUGCACCUUUCCAGUUUCUGGCUGAGGAGCUGGAGGCCCAGCAGGGCGAGGGCGCUGGGGCCGGGGUGGGGGAUGUGGCUUCUCUCGAACUACCAGGGCCUAGCAGCGCCUUCCCCACGUUCCGGAAGGAGUCGGCCCCUGGCCAAACGGUGCCGCCUCCAGCCUAGAGAUGCGGCCAAGAUGCCUGAGAGCGCCUGGAAGUUUCUCUUCUACCUGGGCUCCUGGAGCUACAGUGCCUACCUGCUCUUCGGCACUAACUACCCCUUCUUUCAUGACCCACCGUCUGUCUUCUAUGAUUGGACGCCGGGCAUGGCAGUGCCACGGGACAUCGCGGCCGCCUACCUGCUGCAGGGAAGCUUCUACAGCCACUCCAUCUAUGCCACACUGUACAUGGACACAUGGCGCAAGGACUCCGUGGUCAUGCUCAUCCACCACGUGGUCACCCUGGUCCUCAUUGUCUCCUCGUAUGCCUUCCGGUACCACAAUGUGGGCAUCCUUGUGUUCUUCCUGCAUGACAUCAGUGACGUGCUGCUCGAGUUCACCAAGCUCAACAUCUACUUCAGGUCCUGCAGUGGUUCCCACCACCGGCUGCAUGCCCUGGUGGCAGACCUGGGCUGCCUCAGCUUCUGUUUCAGCUGGUUCUGGUUCCGCCUCUACUGGUUCCCACUCAAGGUCCUGUAUGCCACAUGCCACUGCAGCCUGCUUUCCGUGCCUGACAUUCCCUUCUACUUCUUCUUCAACGCCCUCCUGCUGCUGCUCACCCUCAUGAACCUAUACUGGUUCCUGUACAUUGUGGCUUUGGCGGUCAAGGUGCUGACAGGCCAGAUGCGCGAGCUGAAAGACCUACGGGAAUACGACACAGCAGAGGCCCAGAGCCCCAAGCCCAGCAAAGCUGAGUGAAACAGAAAUUAAAGAAUCAAAGAUGACUCAAGACUUUUGGCUCAAGCUGCUGUUUACCAAGACAGGGCUUGGGCCCAGGCCAUGUGUGCCAGCGGAUGGAGGCAGUUGGGAGCCUUGUUUGGAGGUGUUUGACUGUAACUGUCUCUCGAAUGUGACUUGGGAAUUCUGCGGAGAGAUCUAUGAGGUCUCACUGAGGAGGCUUCCAGAGGCUUCCAGAGAGGCAGUGGCCAAAGAGAAUGGGGGUCACCUGCUUGGCAAAAUCUAAACAUCUGAAAGAUCCUCUAGCUGUAGGACAGCAGCUCUUGGUGGCGAUGUCCUUGUAAGUGAAGAGCCCAAGGCCAGAGAGAGCCGGACCUCCCAGCUCUACCAGCUCCUGGCUCUAUUUCCCCUGGGGAUGUUUCUUCAGAAUGUGGGGUGGGACCUGGCACCCCCGCCCCCCACGAGAGCAUUUCCACUAGGACAGCAAAGCACAGAAGUGACCAGGGGACAUACCAGGCAACACCCCGCCAAGAUCCACCCCCUGGGCACCACCAACAAAAGUUGAUCCUCCAAGGACAGCUGGAGUUAGUGCGUUAGACGUACGUAAAGCAGGGUGGGAUACAAAGGAAUAGACCGAGGGAUGUCUCACAAAACAGCUGGUGAGGAUGCCUCAAAACUGUCACCAUCAUGAGAAUGGAAAGGCUGAGCACCGGUCCCAGAUCAGAGGAGGCUAAGGAGACCCAACCAGACUAAAUGCAGCAUGCGAUAUGGGACCAGGAAAAGGACAUCUGUGGAAAAACUGGGGAAAUCCAAAUAAGGUCUAGGGUUUAGCUCAUACUAUUGUAGCAAUGUUGAUGUCUUAGCUGUGACAGGUGUACCCUGGAAAUGUAAGAUGUAACUUUAGGGGAGCUGGGUGAGGGCCUAUGGGUGCUCUCUGGACUAUCUUUGCAACGUAACUGCAAAUCUAAAAUUACUCUAAAAUAAAAAGUUUAUUUAAA